UCGUGUGUGCAUUGAGCACAGAAAUUUGCAGAAAAUAAUUUUUGUAUUGUUAUUAAAAAAUUAACUCGAAAAAAAAUUGAGAUUACUAAUUUAAGUUUAACAAAAAAAAAAUAGACUAAGACAGAUUUUAAAAGUUCAAUUUCUGUUUAUUAUUUUACCUAUUAUCAGUCUUCUUCUACCAUGUCGCAAAUCUACGUAUAUGCAUAAGUACCAGUAGCAGUGUAGCAGCAACACAACAAUUUUGCCAUUUAUAAAUAUCUAUCUUAGGUCGCAGGCGUUCGAGUGCGCAUGAAACAAGUAAAGAGCUAUAAAGGCAACGUCCAAAAACAACACAGUUUCGUACGUACGUUUGUUAGCAGUAUUUUCAACAGUUUCCUCAUUAGCGUACUGUUGUUAAUUUAAUUUUUUUAAACAUUCAUAGUAAGCAACCAAUUGGUAUCGAAGUUGUUUUAAAUAGAAUAAUUGUUGUCAAUACUGCCUUGGAAAAAAGUGUUGCUAGUGAACUUAAUACAUCAUCGGUUUCGCGUUGCGUAUCAAUAAUAAUAAUAAUAAUAAUAGUUAAAGCGAAUCCUUCAUAUCGGCUAGAAAUACAAAAACCAAUCCUUCAAUGGAUAUUUAUGCUUAUUUACGUUGAAAGAUGAGUUGAAUAUGUAUUGGUUAUUAGCAUAAAGAGUGUACAGUGUCAAGAUUCCAUUUUUAACCGGCAGAACCACAUUAGUGUCAUGAAUAAUAUUAUAAAAAUCGUGUUCUGCGAAUACUAUAUAAACGUGCAGUUACUACAUUAAUUUAUUAUAUUUGCAAGGAGUAAGGUACGCCUAUCCUCAAGUGAUUUAUGCCACAAGCUAGAAGGAAAUCAGCAGCUUAUCAAGGGAACCACUGUCGCUUUCAGCAAAGCCAUCUGGAGUAUUGCACUGAAUUAAAGAAAUGAAAUGCCAAUUAAAUACUGGAAAAAAUGCCUUGUGAGCAUGUAAUUAUUUGGAAGAAUUACGUCAUGCAACUGCAACUACUCACCGAAUAAAAAAUUCAACAACACCGCUAGAAAAGUGUAGAAACCAAUUGGUAUUUAGAUACGCACCUAAACGAUAUCGUGGACAACAAUACAACCUAAUGGAAAUUCAUCAUUAAACAGCAACAUUCCGGCAACUAUUUUUAAAUUCAAUAUCAAAACUCAGGACCUGGAAAUAAGAGAAACAAAAAUACUCAACAGAAUCACACACACUCAUGCACCACAUCAUAUAAAAAGGAACAAAGUAUCAGCCCAGUACUCGGCAAAGUAUGCAAAAGAUCCGCAAAAUCUCGCUGGCACAAGAAUAAAUUAUAAGUUAUUUAAACUUAAAACGACUUGUAUGACAAAAGUAUUCAACUUAAGCAGCUAUUUACAUCAAGAGAGUUAGCCAUAUUCAGCCACACAGAGUAAAUGUGAUAAAUCAAAAUUAUUUUACCAAAUUUGCUGGUACAAUUGAAGAAUAUCGCAGCUAUGGGCAGCAUACAUAAUGUAAGAUUCGUUCGUUUCCUGGUCGUCGUAAGUCUGGUUAUCCUGUCUAUUUUUAUAUACGCUACAUAUUCCUCAAAUGCGACACUUACGCCCUCACCCUCGCACUCCAUGCGUGCCGGUAGCGAUGUUGACGGUGCCAAUGCGUUACAGCUGAUUGUAGAUAAUAAGAGUAGAUUUAGCAGCGAUUCUGUUGCCGCCUUUGCUUAUGGCAACGGCAUUGAUAACAGCGCUAUUGAUGGUAGUAAUCGCUUGGAUGCGUUACAAAGUGGCGAUUCCACGCUCCUGAAGUUGAAUAAGAAAGCUGCUGCUACAUCUGGAGCAAGUACAGGCGCCGGUACUGGCACAGGGAAGGCGGCGCAAUCAUCGACUGCGGUAAAGAAACAACAUCAACAUCGUGAACCAACGAUUGAUGUGGAUGUUGUUAACGAUGUGGCGCCCGACGAUGAUGAGAUGGAACGUUUUGGCAAUGAAUUGCUGGAGGAGACGGAUGCGCAGAAUAUUGAUAAUGUUCUGGUUGCUGGCAGUAUAAUUUUCCCGAAUACCUCUAGCGCUCAGCAAAGUAAUGCUGGCGUUGCGCAAGAACAAUCAAAAUCACAGUCGCAAGGGCAGCUAGACCAAAUGAAACAAAAUAACGGUAAAUCAAAUGAUAACUUAAACAACCUGAAUAAGAUACUGGACUCGGAAGUUAUGAUACCAACAUCGAAUUUGCAAAAAUUCAUCGAAAACGCCGACAAGAUAUUAAAAAAUAUUACAGCAUCACCGACGGCGAAUGAGAAGUCUCCGAUAAAGGAUGCGAAUGGUAGCAAACAGUUAGCUGAGAAUAAUGCCAACUCCAAGGCUGUCAAAAUGGAUGACGAUGAUAUUGGUGAUGAUGAUGUAAACAAUGAUGUUGCACUGCCACCGUCCGUUGUAAUGACAAUUAAACGUCCUGGUGGUGCUAUACAAGAACAACAACCACCAAAAGAAAAUCGGCCUGCACCCAAACCAAACUUGGAUAAACCGAAAGCCCAGCCCAAAGUGGCACCCAAAAUAAACAAUUCUGUACCGCCCAAAAAUUCUGACCAUACCAAAGGUAUAGCCACCAGUGAUAUCUAUGAGUCCGGACAUUUAAAUGAGGAAAUAAAUUUUGCAAAAAUUUGUCCAAAUGAAGGUGAAGAUUUAAAAUUAAUGAUACUCAUCUCAUCAGCAUUAAAUCAUGCUGAAGCACGCCUUUCUAUAAGACAAACGUGGGCACAUUAUGGUACGCGUCGUGAUGUUUCCAUUGCCUUUGUGCUAGGCCGCACCACGAACGAAACUGUAAGCAAGGAAUUAAGUAUUGAGAAUUUUAUUUAUGGCGAUAUGAUUCGUGGCAAUUUCAUAGACUCGUAUACCAAUUUAACACUGAAAACUAUUUCCACCUUAGAGUGGGUGGAUCUGCACUGUCAGAAGGCCAAAUUUAUUUUAAAAACAGAUGAUGAUAUGUUCAUCAAUGUGCCGAAACUUUUACAAUUUAUAGAUGGUCAUAGCAAGGAGAAGCGUGUCAUUUACGGACGGCUAGCGAAACAAUGGAAACCCAUACGCAAUAAAAAGUCAAAGUAUUACGUAUCGACCGAUCAAUUUAGUCAACCUGUUUUUCCACCAUUCACCACCGGUCCAGCUUAUCUCAUCACAAGCGAUGCAAUACAUUCACUCUAUGAACGAUCUCUUCAUCAGGUAUACCUGAAACUGGAGGAUGUGUUCACAACAGGAAUUGUGGCGCAACAACUUGGCAUUAAGCGUGUACAUGCCAACGAGUUCCUUAAUCGGCGUAUUGCAUUCAAUCCAUGCAAUAUACGUAAACUAAUCAGUGUACAUAUGGUCAAGUCGAAUGAACAAUUUGACCUGUGGAAGAAAUUACUGGAUAAGAGUACCAAGUGUAAAUAGUAUUUUAGGUUUAUACAUUAAAGUCAAAGAUUGAACUGUAGAUGUAAUAGUAUUAAAUUAAGUAUGAAAAGAAGAAAAGACCCUAGAAUAUUUUUAAAUUAAAUAUCGAACGCUUUUUAUUUAUAUGCAAUAUUUAUGUAUGUGUAUGAAAAAAAAAAUAUAUAUAUAGAUAUAGAUAUAUAUAUAUAUAUAUAUAUAUAAAUACAAAACACAUUCAUACAUAUGUACAUGUAUCUGUAUCGAGAAAUAUUUACUUUAGAAAUAUAUACUUUAGUUUACACAUACCAAUAAAAUGAAAGAUGAUACUUAGUACAUUAAAAAUACUUAUACAUACAUAAAUACUUAAAUGUAUUUGUUUUCUAGACUUAACCAAUAUACUCGUAAAUGCAUUAUAAAUGCCAUUAAAAUACAAUAUUUAUAAACCUAUGUUUGGAGAGGAAUGUGAUGAGUUAAUAUACAUAUAAAUAUAUGCUCGUACAUAAUUACAUAAUAUAUAGAGAAAAUGGAAAAGAAAAAUGUAUGAAAAAACGAAUUUUUGAAAGAAAUAAAAUCUCAAGCAUUAUUAUGUGCAACACAGCAUUA